AUGCUUAUAUUAAUUGUCCUUCACAAAGACAUACAACAUUUAAAAGCUUCACUUGCUUCAUAUUUUUCAUCAGUAAAGGCUGAGUUUUUGGCCAACCAGUUCCAUCUACCUGGACUAUCUCUCUCUCACAUUAUCUCUCUCUUACACUCUCUCUCACACUAUCUCUCUCUCACAUUAUCUCUCUCACACUCUCUCUCUCACACUAUCUCUCUCUCACAUUAUCUCUCUCACACUAUCUCUCUCACACUCUCUCUCUCACACUAUCUCUCUCUCACAUUAUCACUCUCACACUCUCUCUCUCUCACAUUAUCUCUCUCACACUAUCUCUCUCACACUCUCUCUCUCUCACACUAUCUCUCUCUCCCAUUAUCUCCCCACACCUCUCUCCUCACAUUAUCUCUCUCCCACUCUCUCUGUCUCUCUCUCUCUCUCACAUUAUCUCUCACACACUCUCUCUCUCACUCUCUCUCUCUCUCUGUGUCUCUCUCUCCCCCUCUCUCUCACACUCUCUCACACCAUCUCUCUCACAUUCUCUCUCUCUCUCUCUGUAUCUCUCACUCAUAUCUCUCUCUCCAUCUCUCUCUCUCUCUGUGUCUCUCACACUAUCUCUCUCACUCUCUCUCACUCUCUCUCUCUCUCCCAUUAUCUCCCCUGUGUCUCUCUCACAUUAUCUCUCCACACUCUCUCUCUCUCUCUCUCACCUCUCUCUCACAUUAUCUCUCUCACGCUAUCUCUCACACUGUCUAUCUCUCUCUCACAUUAUCUCUCUCUCUCUCUCUCUCUCUCAUCUCUCACUCAUAUUAUCUCUCCCUCUAUCUCUCUCUCACAUUAUCUCUCUCACACUAUCUCUCUCACUCUCUCUCUCACACUAUCUCUCUCUCCCAUUAUCUCCCUCACACUCUCUCUCUCACAUUAUCUCUCUCACACUCUCUCUCACACUCUCUCUCACACUAUCUCUCUCUCUCUCACACUCUCUCUCUCACACUAUCUCUCUCUCUCUCUCACACUAUCUCUCACUCAUAUUAUCUCUCCCUCUAUCUCUCUCUCACACUAUCUCUUUAUAUAUCUGUUUCACUCUAUUCAUAUCUAUCUAGAAUUCUAUUCAUAUCUAUCUAUCUAUCUAUCUAUCUAUCUAUCUAUCUCAGCCUGUUCAUAUCUAUCUAUCUAUCUAUCUAUCUAUCUAUCUAUCUAUCUAUCUAUCUAUCUAUCUAUCUAUCUCAGCCUGUUCAUAUUUAUCUACCUAUAACAGUCUGUUCAUAUCUAUCUAUCUAUCUAUCUAUCUAUCUAUCUAUCUAUCUAUCUAUCUAUUUUAGUCUAUUCAUAUCUAUCUAUCUCAGUCUAUUCAUACCUACCUAUUUCAGUUUCAUAUCUAUCUAUCUAUCUAUCUAUCUAUCUAUCUAUCUAAGUCUAUUUAUAUCUAAGUCUGUUCAUAUCUAUCUAUCUCAGCCUGUUCAUAUUUAUCUAUCUAUAACAUCUAUUCAAAUCUAUCUAAAUUUCAUAUCUAUCUAUCUAUCUAUCUAUCUAUCUAUCUAUCUAUCUAUCUAUCUAUCUAUCUAUCUAGCAAAUCAUUAA